AUGGAUAACGGAGUAUUUGUAGAAUCAAUAAAAGUUGUUGAUGAAGUUGAUGAUAUGAUUAAUCUCGAAGGGAAAAUAGUGAUACAUAAAGUUUCUAACGGGAGAAAAAAAGUUUCAAUAGAUUACACUACUGAUCUUUGGGAAACAUAUGAUAAUGUAGUUGCAAACAAAUCAGGCAGUCAUUCACCAGAAAAAGAUUUAUACCUUUUCGAACUUUCAAUUUUUAAAAAUCCAAAUAUUCCACUUUUCAUUGAAUUCGCAGUGAAAUGUGAUGUCGCAGGUUCAACUUUUUGGACUAAUGGAUAUCAAUAUAUAUAUGAUGAGAACGUUACUCAAAAAGAAGUUUUUUACAAUGAAUUUGGCCUUUCAAACCCUGCUGAGAAAAGAAAUGAAUGUAUUAUAUGCAUAGAACAAGUAGAUCCAGAUGAUUUUAUAAAUGUUACUGAUCAAUGUAAUCACGAAAACAACAUGUGCCGUGAAUGUGUUCAAAAACAUAUUAAAACUGAAGUUUCGGAUAAAGGCAAUUUUGAAAUUUUAUGCCCUGAAGAUGAGUGUCGUAAAAAAUUACAAGAACAUGAUAUUAAAAAGUUUGCUGAUGAAGAAACCUUUAAAAGGUAUGAACGGCUUAAUUUACUUUUUGCAUUAUCACAAGUGCAAGAUUUUCAUUGGUGUACAAAUCAAGGUUGUGACUCGGGGCAAAUCCAUGACGAAGGAGAUGCUGCUCCAAUAAUGACAUGUACAAAUUGUGGACAGAAGUCUUGUGUCUUGCAUGACCUUCCAAUUGAUAAUAAUCGUCUCAGUUGUCCUGAAUGUGAAAGAGUUGGGCCGACUCCACCAAAUGAAGAGGAAAUGACUGAAGUCAAACCAAAAAAAAAAUAUUUUUCCAUGUUUAAAUUCAAGACUGAAAAGAAAAAUCCUGAACCGUCACAAGCAUUAUUAGAAUUAGAAAUUGAGGAAAGAAAUACAGAGUUAGCAUUAAAAAUUAUAAAAGAACGGAAGAAUGCUGAAUUACGCAAGCAAAAUGACGAACAGAAAAGAAACAGUAUGGUGCAAAAACAAGAACAGAAAUCUGAAAAUUUUAUGCGAAGAUUAAAAAAAUGCCCUGUAUGUACAAGUAAAAUUCAGAAAAGUGGUGGUUGCGAUCAUAUGAAAUGUGGAAAUCCUCUAUGUAGACACGAAUUUUGUUGGAUGUAA